UUCUAUCUCACCACUAUCCACUACAACUUUGAGCUGUAAAUCUAUGCAGUGAGCCUUUUUAAGAGAAACACAAUUCUUGAGGAUUUGAUAAGGCCCAUGUCAAGCUGGAAAUUUUGCUGAAUUUUUGUAUGCCUGUGUGAAAUUUAUUUCUGUGAUGCUUCAGACUCAUCUAACAAAAUGAAUAUAAUGCAAAAGAUGUUUAAAACAGCAAAACAUGCAGAAAGUUAUUGUUGAAAUGUUUUUAAUUUUAUUUUUUUAACAGUGCCAAAGCUCUAUCAUAAACAUUUAUGUUUUUUUUUUUGUUUUGUUCCAUUGGAGGUAAGAAGGUAUGUUUUAAAAAAGAAGACUAAUUUCUUUCUGAAUCUCAAAUACUUCCUACUUUAUUUUAUGGAUAUUAACCAUAACUAAAACCUUGUGGAGCUACAAUCCUACUAUAACAUGACAUGAUAUAGAUAUGAAUUAGGAAAUGUCACUAAUAAUAUAUUUCAGUAGGAUUGACUGUAAAUAAUAAUUUAACUCCAUGCACUAUAUCCUGCCAUCUUUCCGUGUCAACAGAAUUCAAAAGAAUUAUUAGGGGGCAGUUUCAUCAGUUGAGGUAGUCAGAGUAGGGAUUGUUGAUGUUUGUGGUGUGUGAAAUGUAUUGUUUGGAAUCUCCUCUUUCAGGUUUGAAUGAUCGAAGUGUUUGCUUUGUGGAUAUAAGAUGUGUCUUUACUGUAGAAGUGUUUUUUACUGUGUCAGACUGGAAAUAUAAACAACAUGGAAGUUUUUACUGUUACUGCAAAUCAUAUCCAUAAAAAUUAAUAAAUACAGCUUUGGAUUUUAAAUACUUUUUAAAAAAAAAUUUGAUUCAGGAGUUGGACAUGUUUGUGCUUUUGCUCUUGUUUGACACCAGGGAUAACAGUAAACAGUGAAAUGAACAGUAUGAGUUUUGUAUUAUGUGGAAGUGGACUCUUGACCCUGAUAAUCAUUGUUUAUUUUACAACUCUUUUUUUCGUUUACACCACACUGCCAGGUACAGAGUAGACCAAAAAAAAUUUCCACGACUUGCUUGUUUAGUUUAGUUUAGUUUAGUUUAGCUACGUUUACUACAUUUCUCUAAAAGCGUGUCUUGUCAUUUCACAUGCAAUAAAUUACAAUACAGAGACAUAUAAAAAGCAAACGGAGGAUUAUGAUUCCCAUAACAGGCAACCCGUAAUGCGUGCUGUGUUCGCGUCAGUUUUGGACAGGUGUGUUGAAUUAAAUCCUGACUCACAGAGCAAAUGUAAACAGACAAGAUAAAUAUCUAACCAACGUACUAACUACAGAUCAAGCAUCAGGCAAAAUUAUCAGAGAUGGCUUCAUGUGUUUCUGAGAAUCCUGUGGAACAGGAGGAAAGUUGCUGCAUUUGUCUCCAUCACUUUUCUAAUCCUGUGACACUUUGUUGUGGACAUUCGCUCUGCCUGAUGUGUCUAGAGAAGAGCUUUAAGGAAAGUUUAUCUGACAAUCAUUGUCCAACUUGCAGAGCAGAGUACCAGAAUUCUGAAUUUGCACUUAAACUGGAAAAUACAACUGGAAAUUACUGGAAAGCAACAGUUCACGAUACGGCUAAAGUUGCACCUCAAAUAGACAUGGACAGAAAAGAUGAGCCGUCUUGCUCCGCACGGGGACAAAUCGGAUGUGAAUGUCCAAUCUGUUACACUGGUAAAGAUGUUGCUGAUUAUGCAGACUGUAUAGAAUUAGAAAUAUCCGAUGAGCUAAGCAAAUACAGAUCUCGAUUAACUCCUGUCAUGAUGGAUAUCCAAGCCAAGAUUGAGCUUGUGGAUGAUCUGCUGUGCAAGACAAAGGAAAAAGAAGCAGCAGUCAAGACAGCAAACACAGACAUGAAAGCAGAAGUGAAAGCCGUUCUGGAGGAGAUGGUGGAGCUUUUAAGGAGCUACAGCACAGCAGGGAUGGAGUUUCUAGAGGUCCAGUUAAAGCCGAAAGAGGAGAUGUUGGAGACCAGUGUUCAAACACUCUCAGACAUCCAUAGGCAGCUCAAGGAAACACAGCUCCAGGUUAACGCCUUGAUGGAAGAGCAAGAUGAGGCUAGAAUUUGUAAAGAGAUACCAGAGGUUGAGAAACAAGCUGCAAGACUGAUUGUAGAUCCUCAGAAAAUUGAAGCAAAUGCUGAGAAUGUGGCAAACAUCAACAUGACCCACAUGUGUGAGGAAAUGGAUCACCGCAAUUCUGACCUCCGUCUCAAACUUGGAGCUGCCCAACGCCGUUUACGAAAUAUUCUGAACCCCUCUGAGGUGACAUUUGACUAUGAAACUUUACAUCCUUGCCUAGUACUGUCUGAGGAUUGUAAAACUGUGUCCUUCAGUGUUGUCAAACAACCAUAUCCAGCCGGGCCACAGAGGUUCACCAACUACUUUCAGGCUCUGAGUUCACAAAGCUUCUCCAAAGGAGAACACUGCUGGAUUCUGGAAGCCGAAGGUUGCCCAUGGGUUCUGGGGCUGUGCUAUGGGGGGCUGCCCCGCUCUGGUGCUGAAAGUGGUCUAGAAAGCAGAAGUGCAGCUUGGUGCCUAAUGUGGUACGAUAAUCUCCUUAGGGCAUAUGAAGGAGGAAGAGAAACCCCGCUCAAGCGUACCCCUUUUUUUCAGAAGUUGGAGAUCUGCCUUAGCUUCAACAAAAAUUGUGUGACAUUUUCUAGCAUAAGCAAUGUUACUGGAGCCAAAACUCGUCUUCAUACCUUUAAUGUGAGCUUCACUGAGCCUGUCUAUUUGGCUGUGAGAAUGAUGUCUGGUCAGCCAAAAGCUCAAAUAACACUGUGCGUGUAAUGUUAAAUCUGCCUCAUACGUUCAGCAUCUGCGGGUCUAUUUCACAUGUUCUCCUUGUCUGAAUGGGGUUCCUACAAAUUCACCAGUCAUCAUUGUUAUUAUUAUUAUUAUGUAGCCUGAUGUUACCUGAUUUGUAAUUGUUUGUAAUUUCACACACUUCUUACUGCAUCAUUACACUACACAGUUUUUCCUUUAGUAUUUAGAAUCUGGAUUUUGUAGAUUAGGAAAAGCACAAUUCCUUAAAUCAAUUGCUAGAUAAUUACCGAAUCAAUUGAAUAACUUUAACAUCACUUGAUCGCAUCAGUUAGCAUUUGGUUGAAUGUCUAAGUUACAUGUUUCUAUUUUAUAUCUGCUAUAAAUUCUGCUUGUGCUUAGAAGGAAUUAACUUGACAUGACAAACAUGAACCUUCUGUCACAACACCAUCUGCCAUCCCCCCGCCGGCCGCCAGAGGGAGCCCUUUCCAGAGUUUUAAUGCCUUAUUUAUUUAAUUAAUAAAUAAAUAAUGACAUGUACAAGGGUUACGCAAGGAUUCACAACAUGAAUAUUUGACAUGAAAAGACCAAAGAUGAGUCCUUAGAAUUCAAGGAAGGAUGUCCUCUGGUGGCAUUUUCUACUCCACAAUCCCACAACUUAAAGAAAAGGGAUCUGUUCAGGGAUUUCCUGGUACGCCAACAUAUAAUCAGUCUGAUUCUGACCCUGAUGGAUGAGCUGAAGAAAGUAUUGUAUCAGCUGUAUACAUCCAAAACCUUUAUCUGUCACAUGUGAAGUUGAUAUAGAAGAAGAUAGAGGAAGCUCUGUUCCUUUCCAGAAUCCUGGAUCUUCUGCUAAGUGUGGAGUAAAACGCUUGGGGAUCGAGCUGCUUUUAACGAAGAAGAAUUCAUGUUGGGGUGCUGUGAUGUGGCCUGAAACAAAGUUAAAACUCUGAAGUGGAUUAAUUUUCAAUAAAAACAUAUCUCCAAAGUGUUUUAUUCCUUAUUUAGAAGAAAUGGAGAAGAACUGGUAGUUUAUUAGAAGAUAGGUAGGUUAUUUUGUCUACCAUGUGUAGCUUUAGUUAACCUCUUUAACGUCAUCUUGCAUUUCAAUUUCAGUUUCGUCAAAAUCCUGGCUGAUGCGUAGUUAUCGAUUAGAUUAUGAUUUAGCAUUGUGCAUGUGUGUUAGAGAUCACAACAUUUCUGUAUGUUAGUAGGAGAUUCAAACUGUUAAAUUAGAAAUGGCUUUCUCAGCCAGAAUCCUUCAUUUGCAUUCAUCUUCAGUUACUGGGGUUUUCCUGAGCUUAUCAUAUUCUCAGGGUGAUUUUUUAUUUUAUUUAUUUUUUUAUUAUUUUUUUAUGCAUUUCAAUUCAUAAUGCUCUUUUGGUUUCAUUACUUUUACUGCAAAUAAAAAAUAUGCUGAACAGAAAA